CCAACGCGCUAUCGGAGGGGCGACUCCGCCUUCCCCUCGCGGCGCCUCCGUCCCAAAACCAAAACUUCCCUCCACUUCAAACCAAACCCUAACCAAACCUCCGCCCCGGUUCUGGCAUUGCAAUGGAGUUCGCCGCGCGAGGCCGAGAAACCGCCGCGGCCGACGGCGUUGGCGUCGGCGAUGGCCGCCGCCUCCCCGAUCCUCCGCCGCCGCACGGCAAUGAUGCUGACUCACCACAGGCAGACAUGGUGGCGCUGGUGUUGAGGAGGGAGCAGCUGCUGCACGAGCUCCACAAGGAGCGCAUCCGCCACGAUAUGAUCUUGUGCGAGCUUGCCCAAACAGAGCGCGCCAUGACCGCGUGCUUAGCAGGGCUUGGCGCUUUGCGUGGGUUGUCGUUGAUGACUCCACGGGAAGAGGUGAUGUACCGCACGCCGCGGUCCAGUGAGGAAGCUUCUUGGUGGUACAGGAGUCCCUCGGGGCAAGUGAUACCUCCUGUUUACCCACACGUUGAACGGUCGCCGUCACCAGUGCCGCAGCGAAGGCCAGUCGAUGAUGCUGAGCAGCAAGAACGCGGCAGCUCAUCUAGGCCAGUUGUAGCAACUCCUUCAGCGUUUCCUGAAGUGGAACUAUUCCGGUCACUGAGCAAGGACCCUGCAGUGGAAGCUUUGGUACCUGCUGUGACCAAUGUCGUUGCCAAACCAGCAGAGCCAGCAUUGCUGCGCAAGGAGGUGGCAAUAGAGAGCCGUGCCGCUGUUGAUCAUGAACACGAAGCAGGAUUGAAGCACAGACAUGCCGUGCAGCUGAUGGAGAAUGGAAUUCAGAUAAGUGAACAGUUAAAGCGUGCAGCCAUUGGUCAGGAAAGCAAAGCAGGAUCGAAGGACAGCCAUGCCGUGCAGCUGAUGGAGAGUGGAAUUCAGAUAAGUCAACAGCUAAAUCAUGUAGCCGUUGGUCAAGGAAGCAAAGCAGAAGCGAAGGACAGCCAUCCUGUGCAGCUGAUGGAGAGCGGAAUUCGGAUAACUGAACAGCUGAAGCGUGCAUCCAUUGGUCAAGGAAGCAAAGCAGAAGCGAAGGACAACCAUGCAAUGCAGCUGAUGGAGAGUGUAACUGAGAGAAGCAAACAGCUAAAGCGUGCAGCCGUUGGCCGAGAAAUCAAAGCAGAAGUGAAGGACAACCAUGCCUUGCAGCUGAUGGAGAGUGAACUUCAGAGAACUGAACAGCCAAAUCUUGCAGCUGUUGGCAAGGAACAGGAAGCAGGAUUGAAGGAUGGCCAUGCCGUCCAGCUGCUGGCUAGUGGAAUUCAGAUAAACGAAGAGCUAAAACGUGCAGCCGUCGGCCAGGAACGCAAAGCAGAAGCGAAGGACAGCCAUGUCGCGCAGCUGAUGGAGAAUAAAAUACAGAGAAGUGAAAAGCCGAAGCGUGAAAAUUUUGGUCAGGAACGUGAAGCAGUAGUGAAGGAUGGCAAUGCCGUGAAGCUGACGGUGAAUAGAAUCCAGAGAAGUGAACAGCCAAAGCGUGAUGUCUCUGGUCAGCAGCACGAAGCAGAAGAAAAGGAUAGACAUGCUGUAAAGUUGAUGGAGGAGAGUGGAAUCCAGGGAAGUGAACAGCCAAAGCCUGCUAAGCCUACCAUGAAAGAUUGCAUCGAUGAGCGGAGGCAAUCGCCUCACCAACAUGCGCUGGCUGGCAAGAAGUCCCCAUUUAAUGAGCAGAAGAGACCAGCGUUCAACGAGCCUAAUACCCAAACCACGCCUAGUGGGGUGAAAAGGAGACCGGUAUCUGGACCGGUUGUGACAACUCCAUCACCAAAGAGGCAGAAGCCACUUGAAGAAUGGAAUUGCACCCUCUGUCAAGUGAAUCUGACCUGUGAAGAAGACUUGAUGCAACACAAAGCAGGCGAUCUACACCGGUUGAACCUUGCGGCGUUGCGGUCCAGGCAGAAAGCCUUUGGAUUUGACUUGCGCAACCAUCUGAAGGGCAGCAGCCAGCAGGAGAGCACGCAGGCCCUGCACACGGAAGCCGGGAGCCACCAUCCCAAAGGGAGGAGUCAUCAGGAGAGCGCACAGACCCGGCAGGCAGGAGGAGGCAACGAGGAGGGCAAGCGUUUCGCUGACCGCAGGGCUACUGAAGGUCCGAGGAAGGAGUUUGUAAGCAAAUUUCCCUUCUGCAAGCUCUGCAAAGUGCAGUACUCCAGCGAGAAGGUGAAGGAGUCGCAUCUCGCCGGGAAGAAACACAGGGAGAACCUUCAGGCACGCCAUUGAGAGGCAGCAGUUGCAGAGCAGCGGCGGUUCGUUGCGAAGUUGCGUGUUUCUUGUACUACGGGUUAGUGUCUGAUUAACAUGUCAAUCUGCAAAUGUCAUUAGCACGGUGCAGCUGCAACUUCUCAUGUCGGUGGCUGCACUGGAGUUCAUUUUGUGAAGAAUCUAAGUGUUUAUGUCCCUAGGUGUCAACAUGUUCCAUCCAGGUGUGCAUAUUAGUUUUUCUAGAUUCUUUUUAGUUAAACUAGAAAGGAGUGGUUCCCUUUUCCUCCUUUUCGAAAGAGAGCGGAUUUCUCCGAUUUCCAGUGCUGAUCGACUGAGGGUUCUACGAUAGUCAUUGUAAUUGAAGAAGAGCUUUGCUAAGUACCAGGCUCUGAAGAUGAAUUCUAUUACAAUCUCACCUGCUCUGUGAUUUGAGUGAGCCCCAGCCCUUUGAACAAUCGCCACACCAUUUGCUUCUUUUUCAGAAGA